AUGGGGCAGCAGUUCAGCUGGGAGAAGGUGGAGACGUCUGGGGAGAUGGACGUGGCUGAGCUCCARGAGUGGUACAAGAAGUUUGUGAUGGAGUGCCCCAGUGGCACCCUCUUCAUGCACGAGUUCAAACGCUUCUUCAAGGUCACAGACAACGAGGAGGCCACCCAGUACGUAGAAGGCAUGUUCCGAGCCUUCGACAAGAAUGGGGACGACACCAUCGACUUCCUGGAAUAUGUGGCGGCCCUGAAUCUUGUGCUGAGGGGCUCCCUGGAGCACAAGCUGAAGUGGACCUUCAAGAUCUACGACAAGGACGGCAACGGCUGCAUAGACCGUCUGGAGCUCCUGGACAUCGUGGAGGCGAUUUACAAAGUGAAGAAAGCCUGCCGCRUCGAGACAGAGACGGAGCAGCAGGGCCAGAUGCUCACACCCGAGGAGGUCGUGGACAGGAUCUUCUACCUGGUGGAUGAAAAUGGGGAYGGUCGGCUGUCCCUGAGUGAGUUCGUGGACGGUGCCCGUCGUGACAAGUGGGUGAUGAAGAUGCUGCAGAUGGACAUGAAUCCCAGUGGCUGGAUCACUCAGCAGAGAAGGAAAAGUGCCAUGUUCUGA